CCCAAGCGGGGCCGGGGUCGGGGCCGGGGCCGGGCCGCCUGGCGCCCGCACGUCACCGUGGACAGCUCCAAGGCCAAGACCUCCCUGGAGGCGCUCAAGAUCAGCCUGCGGCAGCUGCGCUGGAAGGAGUGUCCAUUUGGUCGGCGCUUACCUUGUGAUAUCUAUUGGCAUGGAGUAUCAUUUCACGAUAAUGAGAUAUUCUCAGGUCAAGUCAACAAGUUUCCAGGUAUGACAGAAAUGGUGCGUAAAAUUACCCUGAGCCGGGCAGUGCGAACAAUGCAGGAUCUGUUUCCUGAAGAGUACAACUUCUAUCCCCGUUCCUGGAUUCUGCCAGAAGAGUUUCCCCUCUUUGUUGCUGAGGUUCGCAUGAUGAAAGAAAAUGACCCAGCUUGGAAGCCCGCGUUCAUUGUGAAACCUGAUGGAGGAUGUCAAGGGGAUGGAAUCUACCUCAUUAAAGAUCCCAGUGACAUUAGAUUGGCUGGAAACCUACAGAGCAGGCCAGCUGUUGUCCAGGAAUACAUCUGUAAACCACUGCUGAUUGACAAGCUGAAAUUUGAUAUCCGUCUCUAUGUGUUACUGAAAUCUUUAGAACCUUUAGAAAUUUACAUAGCCAAAGACGGACUCUCUAGAUUUUGUACAGAGCCCUAUCAAGAACCUACCCUCAAAAAUUUGCACCAGGUAUUCAUGCACUUAACAAACUAUUCACUGAAUAUUCACAGUGGGAACUUCAUCCAUUCAGACAGUGUAAACACUGGCAGCAAAAGGACUUUUUCAAGCAUCCUCUACAGAUUGUCUUCCAGAGGGGUUGACAUCAAGAAAGUGUGGUCAGAUAUCAUUUCACUGGUGAUUAAAACGAUUGUUGCACUGACUCCAGAACUGAAAGUUUAUUACCAGUCUGAUAUACCAACAGGAAAACCUGGGCCAACUUGCUUCCAGAUUUUAGGGUUUGACAUUCUCCUAAUGAAAAACUUGAAGCCUGUGUUACUCGAAGUAAAUGCAAACCCCAGCAUGAGAAUAGAACAUGAACAAGAGCUUUCUCCAGGGGUGUUUGAAAAUGUUCCGAGCCCCGUUGAUGAGGAAGUGAAAGUAGCUGUGAUCAGAGAUACUCUUCGUCUAAUGGAUCCAUACAAAAAGAAGAAAAAAGAUAACCUAUCUCAACCUUCUGAACCUGCAUCAGAAAAGAAAGAACAGCUAUCGGAAGGAGGAUCAACAGACAAAUUGGAGCAUGAUAGCAGCAAAAGUCCAGAAGCCAGCUUACCUUCCCCUUGUCUUAAGCAAGUGUUUCCGAAGUAUGCCAAGCAGUUCAAUUACCUGCGACUGGUAGAAAGGGUAGCUGCCUUGUUCAUCCGCUUCCUGGGAGUGAAGGGGACGACGAGGUUGGGGCCAACAGGCUUCCGAACAUUUGUAAGGAACUGUAAGCUGAGUAACAGCAACUUCUCCAUGGCCACAGUAGAUAUUCUCUACAUUGAUAUCACAAGAAGGUGGAACAGCAUGGGGAUGGACCACAAAGAAUCAGGGAUGUGCUUGCAAGCCUUUGUGGAAGCUUUCUUUUGCCUGGCUCAAAAAAGAUACAAGUCACUCUCAUUACACGAGCAGGUGGCCACACUGAUUGAUUUCUGCGAAUACCAGCUCGCCACCCUGGAUGAAAAGCGCCUCGUUUGCAGCCGAGGAAUAAUGGAGCGGCGACCGGCACUCAUCACCUGCCAGCCAGAUGGACUGCACCUCACCCUCGCUCAUCACGCACCUCUCCUCAACCGCACGGCCGCCACCAAUAAACUUGCAGGUUAUAGGAGUCACCAGUUGUGAGGGAGCCGCUCCGUCGAGUUGCAAACGAACGUCAGGACGAGAAACGAACAAAUCCCCGUAUGCGUGUGCUGCAGGAGUGAAACACGGGUUCCUGGGUUCUUCCCUCUGCUCAUCAUGAUUAUUUAUUGCAGCUUUCCCUGAUUUAUGCUUUUUGGAAAGGAUGGCUGCAAGCACCCCUUUCCUGGUAAUGACCCUCAGCAGCAGUGGCCAUUAUUAUUUCCCCAGUGAACAUACAAUAUAGCUGAAAUGACAUACUGCACCUUUUAUUCUGAGUUUAUGGGAAAUCAUUUAUGAAGACAAAGGGGCAAAGAUAUAAUGCUACAGUAACCAGCAUCAUGGGAUUGAUAGCACAGACUGAGAGGCGCAGCCUCGUCAAAGGCGUUUCACCUUCACUCGUGUCCAGGAGAAGCCACUUUUUGAGACCAGAACAACACACUUUGGAGUUACAACACGUGCCGUUGUGAAACCAAGUGGGGAGAUGCAAACUGUCAAAUUGUGUGCAUUGGAAAACCAAGAGUGCAAAUUAUGCAUUUAAUCAAAUUUUAGGCCCUGCUCCUAUCUUGUGUGGAUUUCACUUGAAUUCUUGUUGAUGCAGGUAUUGAUUUUUUUUUUUUUUUUUUUUUUUUUUUUUUUGUAUCUGGCAGGGCAGGCCAGCAGUUAUAUACUGGAGAGAGAUGCAUUUAUUUGAAAGUUAAUUUUAAAACACAGAAGCCCUAAAUACCUUAGGGUCUUUUUACACAACUUUUGUC